AUGCUCGUCGGCGUUGGUAGCUCAGUACCAGAGACCUAUCUUACAAAUCACGAUUUGGAGAAGCUAGUUGAGACAAGCGACGAUUGGAUCGUGACUCGCACGGGUAUUAAGAAGCGUCAUGUACUCGGCAAGGGCGAGACGUUGGCCCAGCACGGCAUCGCCUCAGCCAAGCGUGCUUUGGAGAUGGCUGGCAUUGCUGCCCAGGAUGUGGACCUCGUCCUAUUUGCAACCUCAUCGCCGGAUGACGUGUUCGGCAGCGCAUGCCAGGUUCAGGCGUCCAUUGGCGCUCGGCAUGCAGUUGCCUUUGACCUGACAGCGGCCUGCAGUGGCUUCGUGGUGGCGCUGGUGACCGCCGCCCAGUACAUCCGGGCCGGAACCUUCCGGACGGUGCUUGUGGUGGGGGGAGAUGCGCUCUCACGCUUCGUGGACUGGCGGGACCGAGGGACGUGUAUUCUGUUCGGGGACGGGUGCGGAGCGGUGGUUGUGACUGCCAACCCCGACCCGGAAGCUCCUGGGGCCAUUCUGGGCAUGGAGAUGGGUAGUGACGGGGGUGGACACAAGCACCUUCAUUGCACAUUCGCAGGAAGCGGCAUGAAGCCCCUGUCCGAUGGAGCCGACCCCUCCUCGCACGCCGCUUACAGCAAUAUCUACAUGGCCGGACAGGACGUGUUCAAAUUCGCCGUACGGACCGUACCGGCGGUCAUUGACGGCGCGCUAGCAAAGGCCAACCUGCCAAAGGCAAGUGAAUCUGUGGACUGGUUGGUGAUGCAUCAGGCAAAUCAGCGCAUCCUGGACGCGGCCGCACAGCGCCUGGGUUUGCCGGCGGAGCGCGUCGUGUCAAACCUGUCCCAGUACGGCAACACCUCCGCCGCGUCCAUUCCCCUGGCACUGGAUGAGGCCGUACGGGGCGGCCGAAUUCAAAAGGGAGAUAAGGCGAGUUCAGAAUGGGGGAUCGGUCAAGGAAAGGUGAUCGCGAUGGCUGGUUUCGGAGCGGGUCUCACUUGGGCUGGAGCCAUCGUACGGUGGGGCUGA